CUUUUACACUGCGAUAUGGACUGCAAAUAGCUUCUAUAUGGUCUAAAUUAGCGUUUUUUACACUAAUGUAAAAAAAUAUUGUAAAAAUUGCUGUUUUUUAACACUUAUGUAAACAAAAUUUUUGUAAAAAGUAUAAAGGCAACAUUUUUAAAAUACUAGCAGACUUUUUAGGUUAAAAUGUCUGCCCCACAAACCCCUAGUCUUGAUGAAAAACACCCUAGAAUGCGGAGAAUCGAUUUGACGAGAGACAACUUGACAGCGGAGCAGCGAAAAAUGAUUGUUAAGUACAACAGAGUUCAGUAUGACGCUUUUCGGAAGACAAAUCGAAUGCGCACUUCUCUCUUAGCCACUGGAAUUUUUGGCGUAAUUGCGGGGAUUUAUUCGUACACCAUUUACCAGAUGUCCAAAGACAAUAUUAUUAAAGAAAUGGAAGACGAAGUCAGUAUGUACCAGUACCCUGAAAAGUGAGAAAUUUCGGAGCCCAUUUUCAAGAACUUAAAAACAUGAUUUUUUGUUGUGCUUUUUUUUGUCAACUUGUUAAAAAAUACAACAAGUUAGAGCCCAUAUUCAACAACUUUAAAAACUGUGGCAAAAUUUUUUUAAAAUAUUUUUUUGUUGUGAUUUUUUGUCGAUUUGGUUAAGAAUAUGAAAAAUUUAAGCCCAUUUUCAAGUAAAAAUGUUGCAAAUUUGUGGAACUUAGUGAUUUUUUCAACUGAAACUGUUUUUGCUUUUUAAUUUUAGGCGAUUGUUAUAAAAAUUCAAUAAUUAGGUAAAACUGUAAAGUGUUUUGUUAAAAUUGUGUUAACAUACAUAAAAUAACAUAGUUUUUCAUGUAUUUACAGUAAUUUUGUUGACGUUUUUGGCUUUUUUUGAUCGACAAAUUCUACAACACAUAAUUAUUAACAAAAAUUUUAGUGUGUUUACAUUUUCCCCUAUCUCCAGAAUAUGGAUAGGGUAUCUAUUAUAUUAUGUUUAUUACUUCAAUAUAUAACGCAUAGCCAAGGAGACGUUGGGUUAUAUAAUGCAUCUGAUCAUGUUACUAUUCUAAAUGGCGAUAAUUUGCUGCAAACUGUUACAAAUAGCACGACACCCUGGUUUGUAGAAUACUACAGUGAAUGGUGCGGUCACUGCCAGGACUUCGCACCAAGUUUUAAAGCUCUUGCAAAAGAUAUAGCAGAAUGGCAUAGGCUGAUGAAAGUUGCAGUUUUAAACUGUGCUGAUCGUUCCAACCAAGAAAUAUGCAGGCAAAUGAGCAUAGAGAGUGUACCUGAUAUGCGGGUGUAUCCAGCAAGGGCUAACAAGACAUACCCUGGACUACAUUAUAAAGGAAAACAAAAUAUAAAAGACAUCAGAAAUUUCCUGAUCGAUUACAUAAUGGAGAACAUUGAAAGCAUAGAAUGGUUAUAUGAUAAUCCCAAACCUGUGUUUGAACCUGCUACUUUUAAAGAAGUUAUGAGCAUUUCUUCAAAUACUGAUGUUAUGUAUACAGCAUAUGUAAUAGAAGAUGCAGAGUCUUAUAUGGGAAAAUCUAUAACACUGGACGUGUCAUCAUGCACUAACUUACAAGUUAGAAGAGUGGUAGCAAAUACCGAAGAUGGGGUUAAAAUUAUGGAACAAUUACAACUAAAUCCGCAAGAUUUACCUUUUCUAGUCGUCAAGUCAAAUAAUGGAACGAAUUUUCCAAUUAACGUCAAAAUGAAGACUCGUUCUUUUUACACGUAUCAGCUCACACACCUUUAUGGGGUCGGGGAACCUGUUAUUAGUACUGUGUCUGUGGGAACGCAGGUUGAACAUAGAAACACUAUUGUGGAUAUUACUUUAGUUGACAGAGAAAAAGUAUAUUUAGCUGACAUAGAAUCUGCAUUGAGAUAUUCACUCACAAUGGAGGUAGCCAGCGUUAAAGAAAUAUCAAAUCGGAAACUCGAUGCACUGAAAAAGUUUCUAAAUAUGUUUAAUAAGAUUGGGUCAUAUUUACCUGGUAGACAAACCACUAUCAAUUUUCUUACUGAGUUAAAUACAUGGAUACAAUCGAAAUCUAAAGUCACAUACCAAGAAUGGGGGGAAAGAGUCAGUUUGAAAACUAACACCAGUUAUUUACCAACUACUUCUAAGUUAUGGGUUGGCUGUCAAUCAAGCAAACCUAGUUUACGUGGCUACCCCUGUUCAUUAUGGACUUUAUUCCAUACGCUAACUGUAGCUGGAUACAAUGCAAAUUUACAAGAUCAGUCAUUAGUCCCAGACACCAUGUACCAAUACAUUACAAAUUUCUUUAGUUGUCAAGAAUGCAGGUUAAAUUUUAAGAAAGAAAUUGCAAAGUUUCCGUUUAACAAUGCUGGUCAUAAAUAUGAUGCUGUUUUAUGGCUGUGGAAAUUACAUAACUGUGUCAAUGAAAGAUUGCAUAAGAAUUCCAGCACAGAAGAUCCACUGUUUCCAAAGAUUCAAUUUCCAUCAAUGAAACAAUGCAUAGAUUGCUAUACUAUAUCAAACGAGUGGAAUGAAAAGAACGUAGCAAAAUAUCUGGUACACAGAUACUCGAAAGGAAAUAUGGCAAUGAAUUAUUUGGACACACAGGGUGGAGGAAUGCAACUAGAUGCUAAAAAUAAUGGCGAUAUUUCUGAACCACAAGACAACAAUGGGCCUACGUACAACGAUUUUGACGCAGACUGGAGCGAAAAAGAACUCGUUCGUUUCCAUCCAAGGGCUCUGGGUUCAAAUCUCGCCCAAGGCAGACAAGGUUUUUUUCAAGGGGGUCUAAGAGUAGAGCUAGGUUUUACCACUAUGGAUUUUAGCCUUUGUUUAAUUGUAUGGGUACUUUCUACCAUAGGAGCUGCAUUUUUAUGUUUAGGCUUAAAACUAAGAAGAGCUCAUUUACGUAGAAAACUGUCAAAGCACAUCUUAUGACUAGAUGACUAAAAUAUUUCUUAAAAAUGGAUUUAAAAUUUUUGUGAAGCAUUUUAAUACGUUUUACCUAAAAACAAUUUUUUUAUUUAAUAAAAAUUUUUUUUUUUUUGCAAAAAUAGUAACUAAAAAUUUAGCUUUAUAUUCCUAAAGUGCCAAAAUUUUUGAAAUGAAGCAUCAAAUUUGACCUAAUGGUGUUGGGUUCAAACCCCUGCGAAAGCAUAUCUAUUUUUGAAGCCGAAAUUCCAUCUGGUAGCCUAUUUGCCGCACUGUAUUUUAACAGCCAUUUUUUUUAAUAAUCAUAGGCACCAAACUUUAUAAAACACAGGGGAGGCAGGGAUAGUUAAACACAUUUUUAUAAAAAAAUGGUUGUAAUGUUUACUGAUUAAUGCAGGGUAAAAUAUUCCAGAGUUGGCCUGCCCACCCUGCCACCCCAGGUUUGGCGCCUAAGUUGUAACAUAAUUAGGUACGUGGUAUUUUAAUAAUGUUUUUAGCUCUUAUAUACACAACAGCAUUUAAAAAGAUCAAUUAAAAGACCUAAUCUUUAAUUCCAAAUAAUAUGGACCAAAAUGAGUUUUUUUUUUGUAAAAUUGUAAAAAUGCUUUUUUUGUGGUGUAAUAGUCUGUAAGAGUAUAUUAGUCUUUUCAUUUUUAAAACAUUCUGUA